GUACAGAUAAUGCUUCCUCAUUAGUGUCUUUAAUCAUUAAUUUCUUCCCAAAUGGCUGCAACACCCAUCAUUCUAAUUUCUAAUUUUUAAUUAUUAAAUCCUUGAAUUAUCCCACCAUUAUAAAUAUAUGUGUCUUCUUCUUCACAACAUGCAUAUUAAAUUAACCUAGCUACGUAUCUCCAAUAUUUAUAAUGGCUUCUAAGUUCAUCUUUUCUUCUGUCUUUUUACUUGUUCUUUUCUGCUUGCUUUUUAUCAAGGAGACUUCUGCAGGUUGCAAUACUGCAUAUGCAUGCUCUUAUGCUAAUGGCGAAAGUCUCAAAAUGUUCCAAAACAGGAAGAUGCUGUCUGGUUUGAAGGUUAGUUUGGAAGGAUCUUCAACCAAGAUCAAGUAUGGUGAAAAGACAGUGGUUGGAGAGUUGAGAAAGGUUCCUACAGGUCCAGAUCCACUGCACCAUCAUAACAUUGGCAACCCUAUUAAGCCUGAAAACCCUUGAACUCAUUGAAGAAAAACUAGUUUCUAUGUUUUGGUCUAGUAUUUGUUACAUGUAGUCAUGUGAAAAUGGAAGUUUAAGUCUAAGUAAUUUUGUUUGUUUUGUCAUUUUGUAGAAACAUGUAGCUUGUUAAUUUCUGUUCUUUCUUGUGUUUAUUAAGAAGUUUGUAAGC